AUGUCUGACAACGAGUCGAUACACUCCUCCGCAGACGAAGCAAUUCCCCUAUCUCCCGGUCGAGAAUGCUUUUCACCCAAGCAUCCGCGUCUGCGGGCUCUAAACGCGAUCAUUACCAAUAAAGGCACGCUCGCCGAAGCAGCUUCCAGUGGGAUAUUCUCUGUGCAUCCAGACGAUCUGAUCCUUUAUUACGGCGUGAAUGGCCCCAACUCCAAAUCGCAUCGACUUCACGAGACGAAUUAG